UGCUGCCCAUCUCCAUUCCUCCCCAUUCCUGCCCAGCCUCAACCAGAGAACAGUUUCAUUUGUGGCUUCCUCGCUUCUUUGUUGCAUCUCCAGAAAUGGGGUCCUGGGCAUUGCUUAGUGCCUUUCUUCUGACCUUCAUUCAUGGUAUCUCUUGCCAAACGUGCCUUUGUGCCAGUGGCUUUUGUGAGCCUGGCUGGGUGCAGUAUAUGGACGCCUGUUAUAAAAAUGAGAAGCAACCAAAGAACUGGAAUGAUGCUGAGAUGGCUUGUCAGAGUUAUGGCACGAAUGCCCACCUCGCCUCCAUCCACAGCGGAGAAGAAAAUGACUUCAUUUUUCAUCUGAUGGGACAGCCACUGGAUUACACCAAAGGAAAGGCUUACUGGAUUGGUGCUCAUGACACUUUCAAGGAGGGAAACUUUGUGUGGACAGAUGGUUCCAGUUUUGAUUUCCAGACAUUUCCUCCUAAUCAGCCUGAUGGACUGGCUGGAGAACACUACCUGGGUUCCUGGCAUUUGGAAAAUGGACAUGUCACCUGGAAUGACUAUGUUGUCUCAUGGAAAUUCCCAUCUGUUUGCAAGUACUACUUGAGAAAUGGUAGGUGCUGUGCCUCCUACGCCUGAUACGGAGUCCCUCUCAAGGAAAAAGGGACAGAGAUAACUUCACUCCGGCUCCAUAGAUUGGGUUGAAAUCUUUCUUCUUUCUCUAACAGCCACAUUGACUUGUGCUUCUCUGUGGAUCAUUUCUGAAAACAUGACAAGAUUGUGAAGAAUGAUUUUUCAAAUACAACCCCAUGUACUGAAUCUAAAGCUAAAAUGUGUGAAAAUUAAACUCCUUUUCCCUAAUUGCUAGUGAGCCUUAUCUAGUCUAGGUCUAGAUCCAUAACAAAAGUAAAAGUAUGUAUGUGGCUGGGGCUCCCACUCCCAUAAACAACUAUGACCUCCCCCAGUGAGGAGCCACCAAAGACCCUCCUUCCAAUGACACUGAAGGUUAUAGACAGCACUGUCAAUAUGUUCAAGAGCUGGCAACCCCUACCAUUGUCCUCCACAAACACAAUACUGCCCAUCACCCAAGUGAAUUAAUACAGAGAC